AAAUCUUCCGUAAAUUCUACUUGCGGCCCGCACAAAACACGGUCGGGAAUUCAGAACUCUGCGACAAUUCGACAAACCAGAAGAGUUGGGAGAUCGUGGAGUACUGUACUAUGAUCCUACGAUUCUCUCCGCUCAAACCUUUUAGAUUCUCUGGAAGAUGUUAAGGAGCUGCAGGCUACCAAUCUGGCAGCUGAGAACAAAUCUUUCGUCCUUUUCAUUUUCGUCUUCUUCAAAACCCAAAUUGAAAAACUACUACUUGAGAAAAAGAAGAAAAUGGCCGAUAUCGCCGUACAAAACCAAGUGGCACGAGAGCUUCGGCCAUCAGCUAGCUAUGCAGAGCAUGAUAGAAAGGGUUUCAACGUCGAAUCCUUUAUCGGCCCUCAUCGAUUCAUUCGCGGAUUACCAAUGCGACCCCACUCCAAGUGCUUACCAAUUCGUAAUCAAGGAAAUUACCAGAGACCCUUGUACCUAUGAUUUGAUCCAUAAAGUUCUUGAUCAUUUGCAGAAAGUUGACAACUUUGAGAUACCCGAGGGUGUUUUUGUUUAUCUCAUCAAGUUUUAUGGUGAUAUUGGUGAAUUGCAAUGUGCGGUUGAGCUGUUCUUGGGGAUUCCGAGGUUUAGAUGUGCCCCAACUAUGAAGUCUUUGAAUGCUCUGCUCUCUGUUCUUUGUAAGAGUGAAUGGGGUCUUAGGAAUGUGCCUGAAAUAUUGAAUAAGAGUCAGUUGAUGAAUAUCCAGAUAGAUGGAUCGACUUUUGGGUUGUUGAUUAGGGCUCUUUGUAAGAUUGGGAAGGUUAAUUAUGCGGUUGAGAUGUUGAAUUGCAUGGUGGAUUCUGGGUUUGAUUUAGAUGGGAAGGUCUGUUCUUUGAUAUCAUCAACAAUGUGUGAGCAAAAGGGUAGUGAUGAGUUUGACAUUGUGGGUUUCUUGGAAGAAACAAGGAAGUUAGGGUUUAGCCCAAGAAGAUUGGAUUUUUACAAUGUGAUGAGGUUUCUGGUGAUGAAGGGAAAAGGAAAAGAAGCUGCAAAGGUCUUGAAGAAGAUGCGAAUGGAUGGGAUUCCGCCUGAUAUCGAAUGCUAUGAUUUGGUUUUGGAAGGGGUGGUCUUGGAAGGCGAGUUUGAGAAGGCAGAUAAGGUGUUUGAUGAAUUGCUUGUGUUGGGUUUGGUUCCAACGGUUUUUACUUACAAUAGCUAUAUAAAUGGGUUGUGCAAGCAGAAUAAGGUAGACGAGGCAAUAAAGAUGCUCGCUUCCAUGGAAGAGCUGGGAUGCAGGCCAGAUUUAAUCACUUACAAUACGGUCUUGGAGGCCUUGUGUGGGAACGGGAUGUUAUCUGCAGCGAGGGAGGUCGUUGGACAAAUGAAACUCAAGGGCGUGCAAAUGAAUUGCCAGACUUACGAGUUUCAAAUCAACAAUUUCAUUAGAAAUGGUGAAAUCGAUGAAGCUUGUCAGUUGUUACAUGAUAUGUUGAACAACGGUUUUGUUCCUCAAUCUACCACUUUCGAGGGGCUAUUACGUGAUCUUUGCCAUACAAGUUUACAAUGCAGCAGUUUGUCAGAUUUGGUUUAUGUGAAUUCAUGAACCAACAACCCCUCGAUUAGUAAUCAGAUGGUCCAAACCUAAAGAGGUCGAAUUAACAGGUGAAACCUUGUCUGCCUCGGUUUAGUCAAUGCGUGCUUCUCUCUUUUAAAUUGUUCUUGACUUCUUGCACUUGCAUAACUAUACAAUCAACUAUGUUUUCAAGCCCAGAAAUUGCGGUACCUGUGCCCGAAUGGUUUAAAACUACUGGGCCAAUCAACAUCAACAUACCAGGAAGACAGACAGGAACCAUGAGUUUGCCUUCUCAACCUCCACGCGUGAAGUUUUAUGAGCUGUGUCUCGUCCUAGGCCUAGCAUUUGUCGCGAGUCUAAUUAUUCAGCCAACCAUUUUAUUCGACAAUUGAUGUACUAACUACCAAUUUUAAGUAGAGUGGCUGGCUAAUCACAGGUUUAAUUAUCAUGUUCUCUUGAUUUGAUGUGACAGAACAUAGGCCAUAGUACAGAGAGUCAGAAGAUACAUCCAAAAGCGCAAGAAAUUCAGGGAAUAUUUUUGGUUUUCUUAUCAUUCAUAAGCUUCCAAGACAUGAAAUUCUCAUUUCUCAGAAGAUGAGAGGUUCAUUGCUUCAAGCAUUUAUUCUCAAGUCUCAACUAGCUAUAGCUAAGGAAUGUGACAUAUUUGUACAUUUUAGCCAUAGGGUCAACUAAUCUUUCAUAUCACUUUCUUCUCAUAUUGACCUCUGAGAACAACAUUUAGGAUGUCAUUAGCAUGGGUUCCUACUAAUUUAUGAACUGUAUCCCCAAGUAUUUUUUUCGAGUACUAUUGACUCUAUUACAAAGUAGUAUCUAUUCUAUACUUUCUCUGUCUGUUGUAGUUCCUUUAAGUAUAAGUAUUUCCUUUCUUGAAAUACAAUAGUCAAUAGUGCUGACCUUAUGGCAUUGCAAAAA